AUGAGCAAACAAAAAUCGACAACAACUGUUAUCAGUGGUGCAGCAGCGAUGCCUAGCACCACCACUAUUACCAACGCGAACAAUCGUGCUGCUGUUGUGUUGUCUCGACCUAUGCGUCGGGUUCUUCAAAAUUUCCGGCUUCUAUGGCUUGAUGCCAAAUUGGAUGAGUCCAAUGACGAUUUCAAGAAAUCGUUUCGACGCCUGCGACGUGUUGUAGCAAGCAUCGAAACAUUUACCGAUGCCCAAGAAUGCAUUGAUUUUCUCAGUGCCGUUACAAAUCAAAAGGUAUUUAUGAUAGUGUCAGGCUCACUUGGACAAAAAAUAGUAACAGAUAUUGAAACCAUACCACAAUUAGAAUCUGUGUAUGUUUUUUGUCGCAAUCAAUCUUAUCAUGAACAAUGGGCCAAUAAAGUACCAAAGGUUAAAGGUGUAUACACAAAAAUCAAACCGAUCUGUAAGGCCUUGCAGAUCGAUCUUGAAAAUUGUGAUCGAGCAAUGAUCUCGAUCAGCUUUAAUGGUCGUGAUCCAUUAUUUAUGUAUACACAACUUUUAAAAGAAGCGCUUUUGGAAGUUGAAGAUGACGAUGUCAAAUCGAUUAAAGAUCUCGUAGAAUACUGUCGUCUGCAAAAUGAUGUUGAUGAAGAUGAAAUAAAAAAAGUGCAGCGAGAAUACCGAAACCAGACACCAGUUUGGUGGUAUACGGCUCCUUAUUUCAUGUACUCAAUGCUCAAUCGAGGACUCCGAGAAAUGGAUGUUGACAUCAUCCUUAAAAUGGGCUUUUUCAUCCGACAUCUACAUCAGCAUAUUACCGAACUACAUCGCGAACAAAAAGCCAGCAUGCCAGCAAAAUUUCAAGUCUUUCGUGGACAAGGUUUGUCCAUUGAAGAUUUUGAAAAAAUGAAAAAAACCAAAGGAGGACUUAUGUCCUUUAAUAAUUUUCUGUCAACAAGUCGCAAUCGUCAGAUAUCUAUCAACAACUUUGCACGACCAGCAGCAUUUAAUACAAAUUCAGUUGGCAUCCUUUUCAUUAUGAACAUUGACACGGCUAUUUGCACAAAAUCAUCAACACCAUUUGCUGAAGUAAGCAAGGUUGGCUAUUACAAAAAUAAAGAGGAAGAACUACUAUUUUCAACACAUACAAUAUUUCGUAUCGAUCGCAUCGAAAGAAUUGAAGACAACCAAACUGAUCGCUUAUGGCAAGUUGAUCUCACACUCGUUGGUAAUCAAGAUGAUGACUUUAACAAACUCACAUUAACACUGCGAAAAGAGUUCAUUUGGGCAACAGGAUGGGCUCGAUUUGGUCACAUUCUUAUUAAACUUGAAGAAAAAUGA